AUCCGUCUCACACCCAACAGAUGUUGGGAUCACCCCCUAGCUGCUGGAGCACUCCACGAUGCUUAAUUUUCCCAGAUGUGUUCCCGGUUGUGGAAACACGAGUUAAAAAUCCUGAUUAGUUUUCAGAUUUAAAUGGAAAGACACCUUGUGCGUUUUUUACUUCCAAAGCCAACCCUUUAAGGUCGAUUGUAGAUCAUGAAUAUUAAUUCGAGACCUUGCUGUUUGAAGUAGUUGGAAGAGCUGAUGAAAGCCUCGUUUGAAGUGCGCGCAGCAGCUGGCUUUGUGUUUGUGGGCUCCUCCCGUCGUGUGAUGAAGUUCAGAUGCGCGUCACCGCGCCGCACAGCUGAGGAGCUUCCCGACGCGCAGGCAGGAGGAUGGAGAGCUGUGUGGAUGACGGGCAGCUUUAAAUAUGGCAUUACUCACCGUUGAUGACGCCCUUCUACUUCCACACCACCUUUUCUUUGAGCAGUAACCGAGCUGCUGUGGAUUUGGACUCCCUGCGCCGUGCUUUUUGCGUCUGCGUGCUGGUUUCUAGUUUACUCUGAGAACAUCGUGUGUGCGUAUUAUUUUUUCCACCCCCAGGAAAUGUUGGCAUGGCCGCAUCGGGAGCGCAUAAGUGUCCGAAGAGUGAGAAGUUGGACGAGGCGCAGGCUUUGGCCAAGAGCUGUGCGGGGAGACCAGACUUCCUGCCUUGCGAUGGGCUCUCCAUUUGCGCGACGCACAGCCACGGGAAGUGCUUCAAGCUGCACUGGUGCUGCCACUUGGGCUGGUGUCACUGUAAGUUUGUUUUUCUUCAUUUUAUAACAAAUAAAUACCACAACUCAACCCACAGUGCAUCAGAAUACGAGGAAUACUGACUGUCUAUAAUAUAAACAAGAAAAACACCGAAAAUAAGCUUCAAAAGGCUAUAAAUGUGAAUAAUAUAAGUUAUAAUACUAAAAUAGACAGUAAUGUAACAGAUUUACCAGAUUUGAUCAGCACUGAGAUUCCUAAAUGAGCCAUUUUAUAAUUAUUUACAUCUAAUUCUAAACUACUUUAAACAAUAAGUCAUAAAUAUCAGUUUGAUUCUGUCCAAACCCUAUCAGCAGUUUUUCAUCCAAACGCUGGAGGGAGAAAACAUCAAAAGCAGACAUAUUAUCUAAUUUUUCUGUUUUUCUGGGACAAACUGCACUGAAAAAAAGGUAAUUGGCAGGUCUUUGAAUAUGCUAAAUCAUAUUUUGUAGGUGUUACACAAUUUAUACAUGUUUCUUCUGUAUACAUGAUUUAUUGAAGUAAACUGGAGUUAUUUUUCCACAAUGUUAAAUGUACACAAUUUUCUUGCAUUGACUAAAAGUGAUUACAUUGCCUAAUUUAAAUCAAUAUAAUCAUGUUCAACUAAAACCGGAAAUGACACUGUUCAAAAAAGGCGCCGUAAAAUAUUAUUGGACGAUUGAAAGCGUUUUCAGCCAAUUGUGAUCACCCAACAAGAUUGGAGGAGACGGGUGUAACCACCUGCAGCAGAAGCCUGCGGCUUUUUCCCUCGCAUGGAGCUAAUGUGGAGUCUGAGUGAGCACAUGGAUACUGAGUGAGAAAGUUUAGGUGUUACUGGGAAUGUGGAGAUGUAAGGGGUGCACAGAAACUGUGUCAAGUAGGUCUAAGCUUUUGCAUCACUACAAAUUAAAGCAUCCACAUUUUGGACAUAGUUCUCACUUUCCAUGCACAUACCAGAAUUGUCCGUGUACCUUUAAGACAUGGAAUGCCCUUAUUGUCCAUCAAAGUAAAAUUCACUGCACAGAAGUCUCUUGUAAAGUGAAAGCAAUUUUCAGCUGCCACUUGUGUAGUUGCAAUGAUUUGUCAUCAGAAAGGGAUUAUUUUGCUCACAUAUAUUCCCAUCUUAAAAGAAAUGAGACUGUCAUUUGUAUGUUUUUAGGGUGUGAGUUCAAAACAAACAUUUACAGCACAUUUAAAACACACAGAAAUCGCAAACAUAGCCAUCACAGACUAGCUGAUUUUAAACAGGGAGUAGUUGUAAAAAGCAAAACUGAAAAUGAUUUAGAGCAAAAUGAUCAGGAGUUAGCAGAACAGUCUGAUGCUGUCAUUCUUUCACGUGGUCAGUGUCGUACUGAGAAUGUGCAUGAAGUAAUAGAGCAAAGAUUUGCUGCUGCUUUGCUGAAGUUGGAGCAUUUGGUUCUUGUACCCAGUUCAGCCAUUGAUGUAUUUUUAGAGGAACUCCAUCAUUUAAUUUGUUCUGCAUCCAUCCCAUUAUCUUAUGACACAUUGAGUAACAUCUUUCAUCAGAGAAACCUCCUUGUUGAUGAAGUUAUAGUUGCAGAAACAGUUGAUGCUAUUUGCUCUGGUAAUCCUGUGCAAAGAUCCAUUCAAAAGGGUGGCCCUUUAAGUACAGCUUAUCUUCGUAAGCUAUAUUACAAGGAGAAGUUCAGUGUCGUAGAGCCAGUUGAAUACAUACUUAAUGUUAAAAACAAACACAGUUUCCAAUAUGUCCCCUUACUGAAGUCUUUACAACAGCUGUUGAGUAGAAGGGAUAUUGUUGAGCAGUUUGUUGAAAGUUAUCAAAAGCAAGAGGAGACAGAUUGUGGAAACUCGGAUCUGUACCGUUCUUCAAAAGAUGGUUCUCUAUUUAAUGGAAAUUGUUUUCUUGCUGGUGAAAAAUUGAGGAUCAUCCUAAAUUUUUAUGUGGAUGACUUUGAAACCUGCAACCCUCUUGGCACAUCAAGGAAGAAACAUAAGCUUUGUGCUGUUUAUUGGGUGUUGGCUAACUUGCCCCAGGGGUCUAAUUCCUCAUUAUCAUCCAUCUACUUAUCAGUCUUGUGUAAAACCAACGAUGUUAAAAGUUAUGGUUAUGAUAAAAUCUUGGAACCUCUUCUACAGGAUUUGAAAAUACUUGAGGAACAUGGUGUUUAUGUACCGCUGUUAGGAGAGUCAGUUAAAGGUACACUAUUCAGUGUAGUUGCUGACAACCUGGGAGCACACAGUGUUGCAGGAUUUUUGCAGAGUUUUUCUGUGGAGUACUACUGUAGAUUUUGCAUAGGAAAGAACAAGGACAUUCAACUAUACUCUGUUGCAUCUGGUGCUUUUCCUCAAAGAACCAAGGAGCUUCAUCAGGUUCAUGUCCAACAAGCCCAAGAAACAGGCACAGGUUGUUUUGGAGUAAAAAGGGAAUGCAUCUUCACCAAAAAUCUAACUCACUUUCAUGUCAUCUUUGGUUAUCCCCCCGAUCUUGCUCAUGAUGUUUUUGAGGGCAUAAUACCAGUAGAGUUGGCUCAUUGCUUAUCAGUGCUUAUAUCCAAAAAGUUUUUCACAUUGGCCCAUUUGAAUAGUGCUAUUCUGAAGUUUCCCUACAAAUUUGGUGACAAGGCAAAUAAACCGCAUGUGGUGUCACAAAGUUUCUCCAGCACAAAAACAGUUGGAGGCAAUGCACAUGAGAACUGGAGCUUACUCAGGUUUUUAUCUUUUUUAGUUGGAUCACUUGUGCCUGAAAAUGAGCCUGCUUGGCUUGUUCUCAUGGAUCUGAAGGACAUCACAGAGCUUGUAGUCGCUCCUGUACAUAGUGAUGACUCUUUGGCCUUUUUAGAAAGUAAGAUCUUAGAACACAGGCAAAGAUACCAAGCGUUGUUCCCAGACAUCAAACUGCUCCCAAAACACCAUUAUUUGGAGCACUAUCCUCAGAUGAUUAAGCUGUUUGGUCCAGUUGUCGGUCAGUGGACAAUGCGUUUUGAGGCAAAGCAUAGCUUUUUUAAGAAGAUUGUCAGACACACAAGCUGCUACAAAAAUAUUCCUCUCUCGCUGGCCUUGAGGCAUCAGAUGAUGAUAGCUUACCAUCUAAGCUCUCCAAGUUUUAGCACUUCUGAACUUGAAGUUUCAGCUGUGUCAACUCUACCUGUUGACUUGCUCAAAGACGAGAUAGCUCAAACAAUCAGAGAUAGAUUCCCUGACACACCAGAGGUUCACCUUACACAGAGUGUGACAGUAAAUGGCAUAACUUAUAAGAAGGGAAUGGUACUGGUUCACAGGGCAACAGGUGGGUUGCCCGAAUUUUGUGAAAUUGACCAAAUCUGCAUUUUGCAUCAAAGUGUAUUCUACAUAGUAAGAGAGCUUGGUGGCUGGUACAGAGAACACUAUAGAGCCUUUGAACUCAACUCAGUAUCCACAAGAUCAUUGAUUCUUGUAGCACUCAGUGAACUCCUUGAUGCUUAUCCUCUUGUUGACUACAAGAUUGGAUCUGUUCGGAUGGUGACCUUGAAAAGACAUAUAGAAAUAAAAGAGUAAGUGUUGAAAAUGGGAACUGCUAUGAUCCUAAAGAUCAUCUUGGCUGAUGGUACCUCUCAGAGACUGACACUCUCCAGUGGACCCCCAGCAUCUAUUGAUGAUCUAACUGAUGAAGUGAGGAAGCAGUGCGGACUUCAUGGAGAUUUCAAACUUCAGUUUAUGGAUGCCUUGUUUGGAAAUGAAUUCCUGAACCUCACUUCAAUUUCCGAAGUUGAAAACAAAGGGACUCUUAAAGUCAUUGACGUGUCAAAGACUGCUACUGUCCAGCACAUGGAUGAGGACUCUACUUUUAAUCUUGUCUCAGAAUCACAAGUAUUCACGCCUUCCUCUGUUGGUGACUCCUCAUACCUGUCAGGGGUAUCUGAGGACACGGAUGUGAUGUCAUCGAGUGAAUUGGUUGGCUCACGAUCAUUGUGGCCUGCUGUGUUUCAUGUUCCUACGUUUUCUUUUGAUUCAGAGUUGAAACUUCAGCAUGCAAAUUUGGCUUACAUUCAGAAUGGGACUACACUUAUUCCAGAUCCGAAGUUGAAAUCGGCAAUCCUUGAGAGUUUGGUGCAGGAAAUUGUGAAAUAUAAAGUCUAUGCCAACGAUAAAGAAAUGCACGAGGUUGCCCAGAGUCUCAUCAAAAAGCAUCCUUGUUUGACAGAGAAAGGGUCCAGCACUGGAUGUGGUGGGUGGAAGACCAGUUUAAAAUAUAAACUGUCUAACUACCGCACACAGCUGAGAAAACUUGGAUACCCAGAGGUGACUGUAAACUCUUUAAAAAACAAACCUGUUGGAAGGCAAAGUGCAGCCUUUGGUGUUAAAAAGGCAAAGAGAGCAGAAGUGAAUUUUUGUCCACCAUACCCAGCAGCAGAAACCGAGGACACACUGGAGACUAUGCAGAAAUCUCUACUUUUGGAUGUAAAGCAGAGAAACAACAGAAAGCUUGUAAAACACAAGAUGGAAAAGACCUUUGCAUUAAGACGACAUGAAGUUGUUCGGGAUGCACCAAUGGUGGAAUCUUUCAUGGCGAAAUGGCCUGCCCUGUUUGAUGUCAGUGAGAUCAAUGCUGAAUUUGAGAGGAUAACCACAGUUCCACUACAGUCAAAGUUCCUGUCUCAGCUGGAUCUCCACUCUGACACCCUUAUAAAGUUGUUCCAAAAAAGAGGAGGGCAGCUAGGAAGAAGGCUCAAAACGAUUGUUGCACAAAUACCUGAUUGUGACGAGCCAGACGCUGGACGCGAGUGUAUCAUCAAAGGACUCUGUGUCUACAUGGGGGAAGAUCCAGAGAACCUUGUGCAGGAAUAUGUGGACAUGGAUGAAAAUGCCAUCAAAGAGGUCAUUCAAGACACCACCAUUGGAAUAUAUGUCAUAAAACGAUCUACUUCUGCGGAACCAGAGGACAUUGGGAUUAUCCUUGAAGGAAUCAGCGUGUUGCAGGAUUUGGAAAAUGUAGCAUUAGCAGUUGCUAUGCUAUUUGGACUCAUGUAUGCACUAAACCUCAACUACCCGGUUGACCUCCGUUACACCUUUGAGGUAAUCCAGAAGGUUUUCAUGGGACUGGAUGGCAGUAAACCUUCCAACAAAACACUUGCUCUCAAAAACCAGCUGUUUCAGUGAGUGAUUCAAUGACUACAGUUUGUGUUGCCUUUUGUAUUGACCCAUUUUGGCCUAUUGUUGUCUCUUUACUCCACUGGAAGUUGGUGGUGUUUUAUUAUUCAUUGUUGAGUAAUAUUGAAUAGUUUAUAAUAACUAUGUUCCAAGUCAUUACAGGCGGGUCCUUAAAUAGUUCCAGUAUUUGAAUAUUUCAGCAGCUUUGCACUUAUCGAUUUUAUUCUGAUUAAUAUGAAAGUUCGAUUUUAUCAUAAAAUGUUUUAUAUGUGGGGAGCUCAUUCAGAGCAGGUUUUCUGUGUCUGGAUAUUUUAGCAGAUUUGCACUCAUCAUUGUUAUUAAUGUGAAAGCCUUGUUCAUGAAAUGUUUUAGAUGGGGGAAGCUCAUUAAGAGUAGCAAGAUUUCAGUUUUGCUGGAAAGGUUCAUUUGAAACUAAAUUUAAAAUUCAUUGAUGUGAAAUACAAUAUUUAGGACAGAGAAGUUUUAAUUAAACUGACUGAUAUGCAGUUUUGCUCUUUUUCUAUUGCUGUAAAGACAAUUCCACGGGUUCUUUUGUUUCCCUCAAGUCAGUACAAAAAUAUCUUGUUAAGAGUCAAUGAUAAUGGAAGUUUAUUGCUUUGUCAUUUUCUGCCCUUAAAAUGUUAAUAAACUGAGUUUUACUACAA